GGUGCAGUGCUCGCAGAUUGUUAUUUGCCUGCACUGUGGUGUAGGAGUGUACCAAGCGGAAGCAAAACCCAGAAUCACACAUUUUUACCAUAAAUUUCUGAAUUUUCUGUUAGGGCGCAUUCGUUUGUCUUAUAUUUUAUCAUUCGUGACCAGAAGCCUUGUUUAUAUUUUAAUUAAUAUCGGACCUGAAAUACGCAAAAAUGUCUCUGGAUCGUGCCUCCGGCAUACGGAAAGGACAGCAAAGAAAUUUACUAAAGGGAUCCAGAUCGGCAGUAACGAGCCCGACUUAUCUCCAAAAAUCCAGCAAGAGUCGUUGCUUCCAUUUCCGCUACUUAGAGCUAUGUCGCGCCAAAAAUCUCACACCAGUGUCCGAAAUACGGAAGAAAUCCAAUGCGAACACCUUGCUGGACGUCUUCGCCGAUAAGCUGAACGUGACCGACUGGAUGAUGGUCAUCGAGGCUCUACAACAUGACAUCGUUCUGCAGAACUUGGUACUGCACAUGCGUCGCUCCUAUCAAAACAAUAUAAUCGAGCCCAUCGACACGGAGAAUCGGGCCCGGCUCUUCCGAGAGCGCCCGGUGGUAUUCACGCGCUUCAUUUUCAGCGGCCUCGUCAAGUCCAUCGCCGAUUGUGUGUCGAACAACAAGAACAUCAAAGUGCUCAAGCUCGAGGGUCUGCCCCUGUAUGACGUCUACAUUGAGUGUAUUGCCAAGUCGCUGGUCGCCAACGAUUGCCUGGAGACCUUGAGCUUUCGCAGUUCCAGCAUUGGGGACAAGGGGUGCGAGAUGGUUUGCCACACGGUCAAGUAUCUCAAUCGUAUUGCAUAUUUCGAUCUCUGCGAGUGCAAAAUCACCUCAAAGGGGGCCAAGCAUGUGGCCGAAAUGAUCAAGAUGCAAAAGAUAUCACACUACACGGAGGGGUGGGAAAAGUCCCUGCGCUACCGGGAUGUCGAUGUCAAUUCCAUUUUGGGACUACGAACGAUUCUUCUCGCUAACAAUCCGAUGAUCGGGGACGAAGGCCUACGAUUGAUCGCCGAGGUGCUGAAGGAGGAUGUCUGGAUAAAUUCUGUCGACAUGCAGGGCUGUGGCCUUACUGAUAUUGGAGCCAAUCUCAUAAUCGACUGCCUGAAACUGAACACCACCAUCGGCGAGUUCAAUGUACGGCACAACCAGGGAAUCAGCCAUUUCUUGCAGCGUAGCAUUCGCGAACACCUGGGCAUCCCAGACUUCGAAAAGAAGAAGGAGCCGGAGUACGAUCUCAGCUGCUUCAACGGGCUGCAUAGCCUGCCCAAGGGCCAGAAGUUCACUGUCAGACAGGUGGUGUUGCACGUCAAGCGCCUUGAGCAGGAGCUGUCCUUCGAACGGACUCUACGCAAGAAGGCCGAGAAGCUGAAUGUAAGACUCAGCAAUCAACUAAUGAACUGUAACAGCCACAUGAUCUCUGACAAGAUCACGGACGCCUCCCUAUCCCAAGUGGUUAACGAAUAUAUGGAAAUGAAGGAAGCCCUCAUAGAAUCGCCAACGUAUCGCCAGACGGAGUUCGGAAAGCUGGUCAACAGCGUCGUCACCACCCCGGAAACGACUCCGCGAAGCGACUUGUCGACCCUGCGAAAAGAUAUUCCGCAUCUACAAGUGUCAAGCCAAUAUAAGACGCAGGAGACGCAAUACUCAAGCCGACAUGAAGAGGAACAAUCUGAGCUGGAGCCAAUGGAGGUCAGCCCUCGCGAGGAAGAGCAGUCGCCACGCCGGACUCUGUUGCAGGUCCGAAAGGUGCGCAGCGAGAUGAAGUACGAAGAGCAAAACGUUAAAAAUGUCAACAAGAAACACGAGUCGAAGUCGGAUCACGAAUUCGCCAACGAGAGCCAUUUCAAACUCAACGCGAAGUUGCAAUUUGAGCAAGACAUUGGGGACGGGGUCCUUGUAUACGCGAAUCAGCAGGGGCGAGAUCGUUACGUAGGAGUGGGAAACGGCACCGAUACAAGCAACUACGACAGCGAGGUGAGGGCGAAGCGCGAUGACGAGGAAAGAUGCCGCUACGAGAACAAACAGUUUGGAGACGGCGCCGGCAUCUUGAACCCGAAUUUUAGCCAGAUCUUGGCCAAUUAUCGCGAUGUCGAUGGAUAUGUGCCUCAACACAUAUCCCAAAGAGAGCGCAAGCCUGAGGCCAGUCAAGAACCCAGCAAAGAAACGCUUCCUGACUCUGGCUUCAAUCUUUCUGAUGCACAUAAUCAUAUGAAUGAACUACGCGAGCAAGUGGAAACGUACAUGGGGCUCCUUGGUGCAAGAUCCUCAAAUACGAUGGCCGAUGGCUCGGGUUUGGGCACCGGAUUGCAGCCACAAGUACCGAAUCCCGAUAUGUUUGUCCAGAUGUCCAUUUCCCCCGACAUGCCGGUCUUCAGGCGUCGCCGCCAGUCUGAAACAGUCAUGGAUAAGGAUGCCAAGUUGUCGCCGCGUACUGCCUACUUGUUGUUGAAGAAAAAGAAUCGGGAGGCAACCUUUUAAUGCAUCUCUUACAAAUCAAAACUAUCAUUUUUCAGAACACAAUCUCUUCCGUGCACCCAACAGAACCCACAAGCCUUAACGCCAACGCCAACGCCUUAAAAUUUCCAUGAAGGGUAAAAUUUCUAGUUUUACAAGCAAAGCAAUGAGGAGCCUCCACCCACAGCAUUGAGUGCUCUUGCUGUCACCACGAAAUAAUUUAUGCAUCAAAGGAAGCAAGUGGAAAUAAAACCAAAAGCGCCGCAAGCGCUGCUAAAAUUAAUAAUUACACUUUUCUCCGUUCUAAUUAAAGAUUUUAAAUUUUUUGACAACUA